ACAGGUUGUUGCAGCAACUUGUUCAGUGAAAUGUAGGUGGAGCUUUUUCCUUCAGCGCCUGUCUGGAUCACAAAGCUGCUUGCUGUCUUUGUCUUUCUUCCUUUCUCUUUUUCACACACACACACAUAUACACACACACACUUUUCAUAAACCUUUAUUAAACUACUGUUUUUCCCAGGCUGCUGAAGCAAAUAGUAGGAAGACUUUUUUGCUUAUCUGUCAAACCACUAAAGAAGACCCAAACAAGAUGGUUCAGUAUGGUCUGGACUAUACACGCUGCAGAUGGAUCAUGCCUCUUCUUCUGGGCUUAGCAAUGAUCUUUGGUAUCAUUGCACUGGUUGGUUGGGGCUGGGUAAACUCAGAAACCCGACCGUUUGUGCAACAAGGCUCGUUAUGGAGAUUAUGUACCGAACGAGAAGAAUGGGAAUGCAUAUCGCUCAUGGAUUUUGGUAAGAAUCACAGUGGUAAAGACUAUGAUCCAAUGAUCGUGAUUAGUCUACUCAAGCUUUAUAUCUAUCUAUCAUCUAUCUAUCUAUCUAUCUAUCUAUCUAUCUAUCUAUCAUCUAUCUAUCAUCUUUCUUUCUUUCUUUCUUUCUUUCUUUCUUUCUUUCUUUCUUUCUUUCUUUCUCUAUCAUCUAUCUAAUUUAUCAUCUCCUAUUUGAAAGGAGAGCUUAGAGAAGAAAGUAAUUACCUUUCAUUGGUAAAUAUGUGUAAUGUUUUCUUCUUAUUCUGAACUUGAGUGCUUCUGCUCACUUUGACCAAUAUCUCCUAAACUUUUCUUCAAAAUAUAAAUGUUCAGAAAUUAUUUUUAAGAAUGGAUUUUAGCAAUUAUGACAAGGAGUGAUCUUGAAAUGCUAGAAUGAGGCAAAAUCCAGUUACAUAAAUGAGUAAUCUUCCCUCAGGCUUUCAAGGAGCGAUUUUAUAUCCAUGACAUAGAACAAGUGCUGACAAUAUAAGCAAAGUUUGGUUAACAGCUUCCUUUUUAUCUUCCCUGGACUUUCCACCAUGACAAGAAAUAGCUUUGGGUAGACAUGGAGAUGUCAUCAGGCAGAGAAUCCAUAAAAGAAAGCAUACUGUAAAGAACUGUUGUGUGGAACUGAGCUUUGCAUAUUCAGAAGAAUCAUGUGAUAGAGCCUGUGUUGCACUGUGUGGGGAAAGCAUAAUAUUAAUGAAUAGGAAGGAAAUCUAUUUGGACAAAUGGUGUAAUGUAUAUCCAAACCGUCACUUUGGGUAAUUUUCUAUUUAGCAAAUCUAUAUCUACAGUAGAAUAACUUUGGUCUACUCUAAGAUGUCAUUCCUCAUCUCUUUCUUAAGAUAUGCCCUGGGAUGAAGGCCUCCCUUAAGCAUCUUCUUAAUACGGACUCCCUGUUUCCCAUAUAACACCAAUUUUGAAAUCCAUAUGACUUCCUUCUGCUUCCUCUUGUGAUUCACAAGAGAUUAUGUUGGGUUAAUCAGCAAUUGCAAUAAUUGUCAGGAUGAAAAAAAUGUUAAAAUAGGAAGUGAAAAUCUGGGUUGUGGGCUGGGUCAAUUUAUGAGCUGGUCAUAAUAUGUAAAAAUGCAAAACUACUAGUAAAAAGUAAGUGCUCACCGUUUUGGUCAAUUGACACACAGCACCACACCUCCCUGGUGGAUAUGUUAAUUCUUAGUGUUCUCCUGUCAAGUUUGGGAACUGAUUUUAGGACUCAAUGAUCAAAAUACUUCUGUUUCUUCCUCACCCUUUAAAUAAGAAAUGUGAAUUUGGCUUUAUAAGUAUUCCUUUGUGGUUUGUAUGUAAUGUUUCAGCCAUUCUUAAGCAUGUACAGUUAUAUUAAAUAAAUGUGAAACUCUCUCUGCUAGGUGGUAAAAGAUGGGGACGUUACUUUAAGGCUGUAAUCCCUAUACAUACUUACCUGAAAGCAAAAUUUAGAAUUAUGUUUUAUGUUUUAAAAUUCAUUCUUUUCCCUGAGGAAUUCUCGGCACUGCAGUUUGUUGUUGGUAAACUACAGCGCAUUGCAAAUCUGUGAUUGGUAAACUACAGUGCCCAGAAUUCUUUGAGGGAAAGAAUGUGCUUUGAAUGUGCUUUAAAGGUAUAGUGUGUACAUUAGUCUGAUACAGAUUCUUCCAUAUUUUUGUUUGGCUUUGAGCCAAAUGCCAUUAUACAUCUGUGGGGAGCCUGUGGCCAUGUUAGAUGUUGUUGGACUUCCAUGAUCCCCAGCCAACAUGGCCAAUGGUCAAGCAUGAUGAGCGAGGUAGUCCAGCAACGCAGUACCACAGGUUCCCCACCAUGCCAUAAAAGAUGGAUGGAGAGUUAGAUAAAGAUCUCUGGGUUGCAUCUUGUCUCCCUAGGCUUUUCUCCCCCAAAAGACUGCCUUUCCCCCAUUCUCCUUCUUAGAACAAUUGACCAGCAUUGGCUGGCUGACAAUAUGAGAAAAACCUUGCAGAACUUGAGAUGCUUUGCAGGCCUAAAGUUUCCAAAUAUGUUAGAAAUAAUUUCUAUAUUGUUUAUUUUUUCAUUAUUUUGUUCCAAAAUAACACCAGCAUUUUAAUCAAGCUAUGCAAAUACACAUAUAUGAUACAGUAAGACUUCAAUAGUAUUUAGUCAAUUAACUGGUUAGUUUAAUAGACUAAAACCAUUUUGAUCAAUUAAAAAGGUGCCCCUGAUCAAUUGGCUGGUAUAUUUUACAUAUUUCUAUUUUGUGUGCAUGUUUCUGUGUGUGUCUUAGCAAAACUGCAAACUGCAACUCCUAUUUUUAAAAAGACAUUCCCUCUCAAGUGCUAGGGAAUGGGGAAUGCCUCUUGUAAGAUUAUGCCUGUUGGGACACCAACAAUUCCCAUAGAAAGUAUAAUAGAUUGAGAGAGACAGAGAGAGUCAAUUUCAGUUGACUGUGUUGUUCAAUUUAAAAAGCCAGUGGGAUCAUUAAACAGCAGUAAUGCAGUUCUAUAUACCUAUUUACCCACCUACUCUAUAUGCUCAGGCACAUAAUAUAAUGGGCAUAACAGUUUGCCUCAAAAACUUUAAAUACCUGAAUUAAAAUCAGUGUGUGUGUGUGUGUGUGUGUUUUAAAUACUCAUUUCAGUAGCAGAUGUUCUGCAACAUUACACAUUGAGUCUCAAGUUUUUAAGAUCCUGACUGAUUUAGUAUUGAUUUCAUCUACAUGAAGGUAUAUGAAAAUCCCAAGGCGACUCUUUAAAAUAUUUAUUUAUUCAUUCAUUCCCGACUGACACCCAAAGACUAGAGGCAGAUGUGUACUCUGGAUUGCUAUCUCCCUGACACUUUGGGGUUAUUCCUGCCUCCCCUAUUCCCUUCAUCUUCUACACACAGUGUGUUAAUGUGACAGGAUAUUAUUACGGCUGAAGACAUACAACAGUUCUUAAGACAACCAAGAGUCAUUUGAGCCAAGCUUUGCUUGUCUGACAGUCACCUCUGGACAAAUAAGUUUUUGAAACAAUACCAUAACCUGGCAAUCCAGCUUAACAGAGGGAAAAGUAGUUUGGAAGAAAAAAACUAAUAUCUAUCACCAGACUUAUGUUAAAAGCCCAGUUCAUACAAAAAGGGGAGGACACACAUCAUCUUUAACUGUUACAUAUACUCAGUGGUUUCCCGCCCCUGGGGGUACGCAGGGGUACGCAUACCCCUAAACAUUUUGUGAAUCUAAAUUUAGCCUCAUUGAGGGGUAGUAUUUCAAUAUGAGUAGGAAAAUGAGAGUACCCUCAAACAUUUUUUUUAGGGGGAAAAAAGCACUGCAUAUACUUGUACGGCUAUCUUGGAAUAACAGAGAGCAAAAUGCAGCUAACUUUUAUUUUUCUUUUCAGCCUGGGGUAAGGCUGCAGCGGCCACUUUCUUUGUUGGAUUUGUAAUCAUAGUGAUCUGUUUUGCCCUGGCCAUCAUUGCAUUUGCCAUCCCGACGCUUCGCUUCAACUUCAUCAGAGGCAUCGGAGGCCUGUGUUUUGUUGCGGGUAAGGCUGUGUUUUCGGUGCAAAGGGUGGAUGCCUGGCUUUGGUCUGGAGAGAGUAGUUGCUUCUUUAGCUGUAGGGAAAGAGCAACAGACCUUCUUAAAGUGCACAAUGAAUCAGGAGCGUCCUUUUGCAUAGUUGCAGUGGGUGUGGUGGUGCAGAGUGGCAUGAAUUCACAAAGAUGCAGCUCAAUAAUAAUUACAGAAUCACAUGACAAAAUAGUUAACUGCCUAUAUAUAUAUAUAUAUAUACACAUAUAUAUACACACAUAUAUAUGAUGCCUUAGGAAUUGAUGCCUCCAAAACCAGGCCAUUUUACGUCUUUAUAGCUUUAUCAUCACUGUCCUCAUGGGUGGUCUGCUCCAUAAUCUCCAACCACCCAAUCUUCUCUCUGCUACCUUCUUUAAGAGUAGGGAUGGGGAACCUGGAACUCUCCAUUUAAACUCCAGUUCCUAUGAGCUGUAACUAGCCAUUAUUUUGGAUGGGAAUUCCAAACGUAGGAUGCUGCCACAAGUAACAACAACAACGACAACAGCAAUUUAUUUAUACCUCACCCAUCUGGCUGGGUUUCCCCAGCCACUCUGGGCGGCUUCCAGCAAAAUAUUAAAAUACAAUAAUUCAUCAAAUAUUAAAAGCUUCCCUAAACAGGGCUGCCUUCAGAUGUCUUCUCAAAGUCAGAUAGUUGUUUAUUUCCUUGAUGAGAGGGUGUUCCACAGGGCGGGCACCACUACUGAGAAGGCCCUCUGCCUGGUUCUCUGUAACUUCACUUCUGGCAGUGAGGGAACCAGAAGAAGACCCUCGGUGCUGGACCUCAGUGUCCAGGCUGAACGAUGGGGGUGGAGACGCUCCUUCAGGUAUAUUGGGCUGAAGCCAUUUAGGGAAGCCCCUUUCUUGCAUUGCCACCAACCAAAUCUUAGACAGGGAAGAGGUUCUUACGGGAGGUUCCCAUGGGAGGGGACUGCCUUUCAGAUACCCCGGUUGCAAACCUUUUAGGGCUUUAUAGAGAAGAACCACCAUCUUGGACUGAACCUGGAAACGAAUUGAAAGCAAGUGCAGUUGAUAUAAGAACAGCAUAAUAUGGUCUGAAUGCAGAACGAAUGCAGAAAUUUAUUGGAUGCUGUCUCUUGCACCAGCUGCAGUUUCUGAACACUCUUUUAGGGCAACCUUGUGUAGAGUGCAUUGCACUAACCUGCUCUUAAUUCAUGAUGAGAAGGAAUUAUAUUGUUUCUGUUUUCACCACCACUCAUUUUUACUUAAAGUGUUUUUUCUUUCUUUCUCACAGCUGUAUUCUCUCUCAUGGGCCUUGUCAUCUACGCUGUAAUGGUCUCAAAAUAUUUACGUGAAAAUUACCCAGGAAAUAUAAGGAAUGAGCUCAGCUGGUCCUAUGGCUUUGGGUGGACCAUGUGUCUUAUGGGUAUAGGUUUGGGAUUCUUCCUUUGCUGCCUCCCCCUGUAUGAAGAUCAUAUUUUGGGAAAUGUCAAACCUUAUUAUGCAUAACUUCUAGGAAGAGCAACAGAGUCAUGUUAUUGAUUUCCUAAACUUUUGCAUGCCGGUUAUGUGCAGACUAAAAUAUCCCUCAGCCUCCACCACCACCUUAGCCAAACAUUGAAGCAGUAGAGGGGCUUAAGAGCUUUUUAAAACACAUUGAAAAAUAUGCCAAAGUGUUAAAAACAAUACGUUAUUCCUAUUUUCCUUUUUGGUUUGAUGUAGAAUAGUUAGAUUUUUAAAUAAACCUUUUUGGUUCCUAGGAAGAACCAAAAAUUUUUACCUUUCCUGUUUAAUGGGCAGGUUAUAGUGUAAAUGCCUUUCUGUGGCAGAGUAGACCAAUCAAGCAUUCACUAAUCAACUGGUGUGAUUGAAGACUUACAUAUUAAAUUGUGCAUACUUAAAUGAAUCUGAUCUGUUCCUAUUGAAAGGGAAUUUGGUUCCCAUUGUGGUUGAGAACAGUCCACAUACAUCCUUUUGUUUUAACCAGUGGAUUUUUAAUAAUUUGUGGAAGAAGAAAUUGUCAGUGGUAGCAUUAUUUAGCGAAGGUAACCUGGCAACUUAAUGGAAAUCCUAAGAAUUGAAAUACUGAAAUGUUUGUUUUAGUUGCUUAAUAUGUUAAUUGAAACUGGAUGAGUUUUAUCAGUUGAUUCUCUGGCAUCUACAGUCCUUCAGGUGUUCCUAUAUUGCAGGAAAAAAAUUCCCUCAUGAGGUAUCCAAAUUCUGCUGGUGUUUGCUACUCAUGCCACCAGAAAUGAAAUUUUAAGCACAUGAAAAUAUAUUUAAAUUCAUUGAUCUCCAUUUCUGGAAUUUCACCUGCCUACUUGUGUGUUGCGAAUACGCUGUGUAAGCCAUAAUGGGAGAAAUGGCUGCAGACAAAAUGGCACGAGUCAACUCAUGCUCUUUCAUAAGACAGAAGCAAAGCUAUGCAAGGUAACCAUUUGCUAAUAUUCCUACUGUGCUUUUGUAUUAAUCUCUUUUCGUUUAUACAUUUGCUUUAUAAUCACAUAGCUAUCCUCAGUGGUCAGUACUUGGAGGUGGGGAGAAAGUGGCAAAAGUCCUUAUUAUGAUAUUUUCACUGAGGUAAUUAUUUUGUAAUAUAUUUGUAAUUCUGCACAACAAUUGGUGAGAAGUAGCACAAUCCCUCUUUAUUAUAGAACUGGUGCUGCAGGGAGGAAAAGCCUAGUAGGUACUGAAUUGGAAACUGCCUCACAAGGAACAGACCGUUUGAUAGCUAGUUCCUUUAUAUCAUGGAUGCCUGCAGGAAUUCUUUUUUUUGGGGGGGAGGGGAGAUGGAAAAAAUAAAACCCACCCACCUGUUGAUGCAUUGUUACUGCUGUUUUCCCUUUCCCCCAUCAUUUAUCCUGACCAUCUUACAGGCUAAUGCUAUGCUUAUUAAGCAUGUAUAGAAUUGUAGCCUUAGAUAUUCUAAGCCUCACUGGCAGGAACUAUGUCACUACUAAGUUCUGUAUAUUAUACAGUAUAAUGUGUUAGUUAAGUGUUAAACCAACUGUAAUUGUGGUUUGAAUAGUUGAAUUCCAACCCAAGUACACUGUUCUGACAUAAUUUAACUGCAUGUUAAAGAUUAUAUUGUAUAUUUAAAGCUGAUUAAUAAAAAGUUGCUGUCUCCC